CUGGAAAGCGGAUAGGGAGAAGCUGCAGCGCGAUUCCUGGGAGCGAGCGCCGGUUCAGCGAAGGCAGGAGCCGCCGGGUGAAACGGAGGGGAGAUGAGCCACAAAACACCGGCCGGAAAAAAGUGACCGGGGAGCGGCGCGGUUAUGCCGAGAAUUUACCGUUAAAACAAACCGCGUUACCUCCAACUAAAAAACGCUGCUAACACCCGAGCCGUUAGCUGUCAGUAAGCGAAACAACCGGCGGCGGUUGGUGCUGCCGGUGUGACGUCAGAGCCGCCGGUGCUGUGAGAGUUCUCAGAAUAGACUUCUAGGAAACGGUAAAUUUUAAAAGCCAAGCCUUUACACGCCGUCCUCCUCACUUUGGAUCCCAUUCUGGUGACAACACACUCCAAACCCGCUGCUACGAGAUUUUAUACAUGUUUUAAAUGAAUUCUGUUUUCUUUUUUUUACUGUUCGUUAGAUAUCCAGUGUUCGCAGAUAAACUACAGGACCAGACCCCGUUUGGGUACGCGGAGCUCCUCGUCUCUUUAUUUCGCUUAUUAUAGGCUUAUUCAUAUCAAACCGAUGUUAAAGCUUAUUUUCCCGUAAAGGUGUUUUUUUUUUUUUGUUUGUUUGUUUUAAGACAAAGCCCAGUCUUAUUUUCUGAAGAAGAAACCGAUCGGAUUUUAACCCAGACGAUUCAAGAAAUAGCAUGAUUCUUUGUGUACCAGGUCCUAGAGCUCCUCUGCCCGCUGCUCCGUCGACUGAAGCCCCACGGGGCAUGCGGGCAGGAACUGUACCUCCUUCCCCUUGCCUUCAAAGCACCCCUCCGCUAUGGGACCCCACAAAGGACCUGCGGGCAAUUGCCAGCAACUUCUGCUAUCUAGAAAAUUCAGGAUGGUACUGGGGAGCUGUAACUGCAGCUCAGGCCCACGCUGCACUUCAAGAGGGAUCUGAAGGAGCUUUUCUGGUACGGGACAGCAGCCACCCUCUGUACAUGCUGACCCUCUCGGUCAGGACAGCACGCGGCCCCACCAGUAUACGGAUCCAGUACAGCGGCGCUAAGUUUUUGCUCGACUCCAGCUCCCCGGCCCGGCCCAGCCUGUCGUCCUUCCCCAACGUGCCCAGCCUGGUGCAGCACUACAUGGGACCAGAGAGGAAAGCAGAGGAGGGGAAGGUGGAGGAGGAGGCUCCUUCGAAACCCUCUCAGCAGACGAUUGAGGAGACAUCUGUGGUAUUAAAACUGAAACGCCCCGUGUACAAGCCCCAGGGCCUCCCCUCCUUACAGCACCUCACACGCCUCGUCAUUAACAGACACUCUGAAUGCCCUGACCAGCUACCACUCCCGAGGCCUCUGCUGCGUUACAUACAGGACUAUCCCUUCAAGGUAUGAGGGGUCCCUCAAAUCCACUAUUCUGACUGUAUCUCAGCUGACUUUUAAAGGAAAGAAACUGUCAAGCAGGUCCUUUGUGCCUGUAAAUGACACUGCUGCUCCAGCAGUUGGAGGCCAGUCAUGAAAAUACUGGACACAGGGUCAUGUUUUUGCUGACGAAAUAUGUACAAAUUCAGCUAAUACUGACGUGCCUGGUUUCAGACUUAAUUUGUCAAGGACUGGGUGAUGAGGUACCUCAGAAAAAGACAACUUGUGAGCAAACCUCAGUACUGUAAUCUACACUUAUUUUAUGAUGAAUGUGGAAAUUGUCUAUUUCCAUUUUACCCUCAUGAGUUCUGGAUGUACAUACUUUUCCUAAGAAGUACACUGAUUCCAUUGAGACAUCUUUUACGCCAUUUUAUUUUUCUCAGUAAGACAUUUUUUCUACCUUUUACAUGUGUACAUUUUUCUAUUAAAAAAAGCAAUUGGAGUCUAA